GACUGGGAGGGGCGGGGCCGAGGCCACGGACCCGGGAUCUGCGGUGCCCGAGCGGCGACUUGACCCCGGAAGUCGGCUGGAGUACCGUGACGGCGGGCGGCGGCGGAGUUCAGAUAACAGCAGCAGCCGCUAUGUUUCACUUCUUCCGAAAGCCUCCAGAAUCCAAAAAGCCCGCUGUACCAGAGCCAGAAGCAGAUGGAUUUGUCCUCUUAGGAGAUACAGCAAAUGAAAUGAGAUGUAAAACUUCCGAAGCAGAAGACAGCCAGUCUUUGGAGACCGGCAAAGAAGACACAUCCAGUGUGACUGUAGCAGGCCCCAAGACAGGAAAUGAGGCAGGCCAGACGCUGGAAAACAACUCACUAACAGCUGAGCUCCUGAGUGACGUGCCCUUCACCUUGGCCCCACAUGUGCUGGCAGUGCAGGACACUGUCAGCGACCUUCCUGACCACUUAUUGUCAUACGAUGUUGGCGACAACUUAUCCAGAUUCUGGUAUGAUUUCACUCUUGAAAAUUCAGUACUCUGUGAUUUGUAGUCUUUGUGUCUAUGUGUACCUUAACAGCUUUAAAAGAAAAAGAGUUUGCCUAUUUCAUUGGACCUGUUUGGUGUUCCUUGUCAUUUUGCCCUUGAAGGCCUUGAGGCAAGCAGGGAUCAUAAAAUGACAUCAUGUUCAUGGUUUUAUUCUUCAGAAUAAAGUGAAUUUAUGUCAACAUU